GUAGCCCACAAAAGAAAUGCCGGCCAAACGUUUGUUAACAGUGUUGUUCACACCAUUGGACGGUUGGGGACACAUAAAUGCGUGCCACGGGUUGGCCGAAACGCUCAGAGAUCGCGGCCAUCGGGUAGUGUUUGCCGUAGACUCGGCAUUCAAAGGCCGACUCGAAUCGUUUGGCUUCGACGAGGAACUACACUACAAUACAAGGCCAGUGGUGUGCGAUAUCGAUCCGCGUACUGACUAUAUCAACAAAAAUCCCGACUUAUAUAAGUUAAGUGCCGUCCGAGUGGCCGAAACUGUAUGCGUGACAGCCUUCGAGCGUAUGUUCAACACGUUUCGCGAUCGCGACUCACAAUACAAACAGAUUAUAGCGCGCGUGAGACCCGACAUCAUUGUCAUCGACUCGUAUAUCGGAUCGCCAACAUUGACCAAUUCGGGCGUACCGUUUGUCUGGCUAUAUUCAGCUGCACCGUUGAUGGCCUUUAACAACGACCAAUUGCCGCCACCGUGGUCAGGACUUCCCAUAAAAGGCAAUCGUAAGGAAUGGUUAGAUUUUAAUGGCCAACUCGAGCACAUGUAUCAAUGUCUGCACAAUACAAUCAACCAAUGGCUGCUCAGUGAGGGCGCACCGCCACUGGAGUCCGAUUCGUCUACAUAUUUGCACCCGCGAUCAAAACACCUCAACAUCUAUAUGUAUCCCAAAGAGCUGGACUACCAGGAGGUUCAACCGUUGCCGUCAAACUGGCGCCGAGUGGACGGCUUUGUCCGGACAACGGACGAAACGUUUACAAUACCCGAAUGUUUGCGCCAUCGACCGGGAAAACUGGUACUACUGUCGAUGGGAUCGAUUGGUUGUUCACAUUUGGAGCUUAUGAUACGUUUGACACAAAUAUUGGCCAAAUCCAGACAUCGGUUUAUAGUCAAUAAAGGACCGCUACAUAACAGGUAUGACUUGCCGGCCAACAUGUGGGGACAGGAGUUUUUGCCUCAGACAGCUGUACUACCGCUGGUCGAUCUGGUCAUCACUCACGGCGGCAACAAUACGGUUACCGAAACCUUCUACUACGGCAAACCAAUGCUAGUGUUGCCAAUGUUUAGCGAUCAGUAUGAAAAUGCACAGCGACUUUGCGAAACCGGUUUGGGUGUACGUAUCAGUCCGUUUCACUGUUCAGAUAGUGAACUGUUGGAUGCCGUCGACCGGAUGGUCAACGAUAGCCAAUUGGCCCAAACUAUGAAAACUAUUGGCGAUAGGAUCAGGAAAUCUAACGAUAAAGAAGUGGUCGCGGGUUUAAUAGAGUCUAUUGUUUGGAAACAAAACUGAUUGUUUGUGUGUAAGUGUGUGAGUGAGUGGGUGAGUGGGUGAG